CCUCCGGAGCACCAUAUUAUCUAAAACCAGAGAUGGUGUAGAGAAACUUGUAUACAACAGACAGCACAAACAAGCAUUAUUGCUUAUCUGAAUUAUUAUCUGAAUCUUUUCUUUUUUUUUUAAUUUGAUAUGGAUGAAAUAACGCAGAGAAAUGAUGUCCAAAAACAUGACAAAGGACUUAAAGCACAAAAUGGACUUCAAACUGUAGUUGUGCGUGAGUUUGAGCCGGCAGACAAGGAGGAGAUACAGCGGAUCUUCUCUGAGGGGCUGAUGGAGAUGGUAGUAGACACUGCUUUCAGAGGCUUGAGACAUCAUCCUGAGAGUCUCUUACUCUACACUGCUAUGACAGUUGUAUCUUAUGUCAUCACCAUGUGUUGGUGGGUGAUAGGACUCCUCCCUGCAAUUGUUCUGUGUGGGCGCUACUUCUACAGCAGACGUGUGAUCCAUGGUUACCUGGAGCAUGCCAUGAGCACAGACAUAGGAGACAUUGAAGGGUUUUACAUGAAAACACCAGACUCCUGUCUGUGGGUAGCAGUGCUGGGGAGGAGAGUGGUAGGUGUCAUAGCAGCAGUCGGCCAGCAGAAGUCAGGAGGUGCUGUUGAGCUGCAGCGGAUGUCUGUUGACUGGAGAUAUCGGCGGUGUGGAGUUGGUGUAGCACUGGGACGGAAGGUUGUGGAGUUUGCUGUGACUCGCAAAUACUCCUCUGUUGUUCUGGGAACCACAGCUUACACGCCUGCCGCCCACCAGCUCUACAAACGUCUGGGCUUCCGCUGUGUGGGGGCCACCAACGGGUACAUCACACCUGGUGCGAGAUGUUCCUUACUGGAACGGAUUUUCUACAGGGUCCGCCAUCAUCACUAUAGAUUUGAUGUGGAAAAUAGCAAGGUCACUUCCAAUGGAUCACACUGACUCAGUGGGAGUGCAGAUAACUGAACUGAAUCUUCUAGACCAGGGGUAUUAAACUAACAUUCACAGAAGUCCAGUUAGAGAAAAUUUCCUAAAGCAAAGGUCCGUAACAUCAUAAUGUCUAACUUGUGAUAUGAUUUAGUGUGAUAUAUACUGAAGUAGCCUAGUAAUUGUAUCAACAUCUACAUGUAAUCAACAUCUGACUGUCAAAUCAAAUAAAGAAAGUAUGAUUCAAAAACA